AGGACCUCGAGGCUGGGACAAACGCGAUUCACAAAGUCGAGACCCAAAGCAGGCCAUUCUCCAGCUUCACCCACCCCCAAAAGCGCGGCAUAGUCAUGGCAGCCGCCACUGCGGCCUUCUUCUCACCCCUAACGGCCUCCGUCUACUUGCCAGCUCUUCCGACAGUUGCCAAAGACUUUGGAGUGUCGCUCACGGAUAUCAACUUGACCGUAACUACUUAUAUGAUCUUCCAAGGUCUCACGCCAAUGUUUGUUGGUGCCUUUGCCGACUCGGCAGGCCGGCGGCCCGCCUACAUGUUCUGCUUCGUCGUGUACAUGGCCGCCAACAUUGGCUGUGCCCUUGCGCCCAACUACGUGGCGCUGCUCAUCCUUCGCAUGCUGCAGUCUGCUGGCUCCAGCACGACGGUGGCUCUUGCGCAGGGUGUCGUCUCCGACAUCAUCACCUCGGCCGAGCGUGGCAGGUACAUCGGGUACAUGUCGCUGCCCAUCAUGCUGGGGCCCUCGCUGGGGCCCGUGCUAGGUGGCGCGCUGGCAGAGUAUCUCGGUUGGCGCUGGAUAUUUUGGAUCCUGACCAUCAUGUGCGGCUGCGUGACCGUGGCAUUCCUGCUUUGGAUGCCCGAGACGUGCCGUGGGAUCGUGGGCGAUGGGUCCGUCCGCCCGAAGCACCUGUAUCACCGAUCGCUGUGGCAGGUCGGCAAGGAGUCUCUGGCGACUAGAUCGAGGCUCAGGAAACAGGCACAGAACAGCGGGCAGGGCGAGGGGCAGGCGGUAGCAGCAGCAACAGCAGCCGUACCGCCCGAGCAGGCGGUCACCAGGAGCAAGUUCAACGCCUUCCGUGCGCUAACCUUGCUCGUGAAGCCCAGCAUGGCCAUCCUCCUGUUCUACAGCAGCCUCGUGUUUGCCAACUUCUACUGCAUCAUGACCUCGAUCCCCGCCCAGUUCAGCUCAGUCUACCACCUGACCGACCUCCAGACGGGGCUCAUCUACCUCCCGCUCGGCCUGGGCACCAUGAUCGGCUCGCAGCUCGCCGGGCGAGGGCUGGACUGGAACUUCCGGCGCCACUGCCAGCGCCUCGGCAUCCCCUACGAGCGCAAGAAGCAGACGGACCUCUCGUCCUUCCCGCUCGAGCGGGCCCGCCUCGAGAUCGGCAUUCCGGUCCUCGUCGCGGCCAACUGCCUCGUCCUGAUCUGGGGCUGGGUCCUGUACGCCCGGACGCACAUCGCCGUCCCCUGCGUGAUGCUGUGCCUGCUGGGCAUCACCCUGACGGGCUUCAGCAACACCAUCAACACGCUCAUCGUGGACAUGAACCCCACGGCCGCCAGCGCGGCGACGGCCAGCAACAACUUUACGCGCUGCCUCAUGGGCGCGGCCGCGAGCGCCGCCAUCCAGCCCAUGAUUGAGGGCGUGGGGCCCGGAUGGGCCUUCACGAUCCUCGUGGCCAUCAGUACGGUCGCGGCCCCGCCGACGUUUUGGCUGGUGCUGAACAAGGGGAUGGGAUGGAGGAAGGAGGAGCAGGAGCGGAAGAAGAAGCGGGCCGAGGAGCUGGAGAAGAAGAAGAGGGAAGGAGUUGAGGGAGGCGAAAAGUGAGGAUAAUCAAGAGGCUGUGGGCACCCAGAUUGAAAACAAUGCUCGCAUCAAAUCUAAGCAUCAAAAGAACUAGAUAUACAGUCAAAGUACAUGAAAUAGAAUAGAGCUACGAGA